GCUUCCUCAGUCCAACGUGUACAAGCAUGCACACAGCGCACAAGAAACUUAUGCCUUGAGUAUUUGCCCUUGAUGAAAACACCCGGAUAAAUGAUCAAGUUCUUAGGGCGAGGGUGGAGAGGGAUGCAAGGGACACGUCUUUCUUUCUGCCUUCAAGGCUGCUGCCUCAACAGCCUUUCAAGCACCGCCGUACACAAUAUCUAUAGCAACCCUCACGUUCUUUACCUUCACGAACAUCACUACAAAUGCAUCCUCUCGUCCUCGUUCCGCUCCUAGCUACCUCUAACCUGCUCCUUCCUGUGCUCGCCGCCCCCAUGGAAUUCUCAACUCCAGUAGGAGUUCCAGGUGUCGGCGCAGCGACACUAGGAAUUAUUACGCCUACUGCCAUUCCUAACUUGCCCGCCUUGCCUAAGCGUCCAUUCCGACGUGACGAACAUCUUCUGGAGUCCCGCCAGGUCAUUGGCUAUGGUCACAACCCCCCUGCUCCUACUCCUACUCUCAUGACGAAGACUCGCAGAAACCUUUUAGAUUCCGGUCCUUCUAACCAAACCCCAGGAUCAGGAAGAACACGUCCUCAUUCAAGCGGACAACAGGAUAGCGCGGGACUUCUUCCUGGAUUGCCCGCUGCCCCUGCAGCAGCCCCUCCCACUGAAGUCCAGCCAGAAACUAGCUCAAGCGGGAAAACUAGUGGUACCUUGUUAUCUGGUCUUCCCGUUAGCCAGGCCGGUGGCCCUGCGGAGUCUGAUACCGGUGAUAGACCCAAUAUCCCACCUCCCAAGCCCCCGGCUGAAGUCCAGAAAGAAGCUAAAAAGGAACCAGAAGUCGUGUCUAGCGAUGCCGCGGAGAAAGACAUAGCCCAGGACGCCGUAGCGACAGAGGUCGUUGCUGAAGAGACAAAGGCAGACGAGCCGUUCAACCCCGCUCAGAAGUCUUCCAACCCCAAGUUCGAUGCCUAUGCAAAGCACACCGAGAGCCAGCAGAAAUCUGAGCAUAAGGCCCCUCCUCCCGUCGCCCGCCGUGCGUUCACAUCUUACUACCACUCUGUCAAGAGCCGUGGUGUUACGGAUAACAAGGCUCACUCUCUUGUCUUGGAUACCGACCCCGUGGUGCCGCCUCAGAACAAGGACCCGGAUCAUGACGCUAGUAUGGGCCUUCUCAACAUUGAUAGUAACCGCAAACCUGAGCCGGAAAAGAAGACGCCAAAGGUUCCGGUUCCCGUAGAGGCCCCACACAACACGACUAUACCGGCGAACUGAGAAUCAUGUUGAGAUGGACGCGGUGGGGAAGGUGUUGCAUUGGACACUGUAAUAGUUCUAGAGGGGACGGAUAUUGACUAUGAAAGGGUGUAUACUUACUAUUCUUGAACAAUGCCUUAUAUUCUUCGACUCUGAACAAUCCUCUGCGAAUCAUCAUGAAAUAUAGUCAGAAACGCAGCAACAGAAAUCAACAUCAGCCCCAGAUUGAGUCGCAGUUAGGAACGCUAUUCAUUGAGAAUAGAAAUAUCAUCGUAGCACUAGAGAUAGAAAUAAAAGGACAGAUAGAUAUAC